GUCAAACGAAAUCGAAAACGAAACCGUGCACAAAACGAAAACCUAUUGGCUAGGAGAAAGAAGUUGAGUAGCAAAGCUGUGUGUAGAAAUACGAGCGCUCUAUUGAACAUUAAUUCUAGCAGUAAAGGACACUAGGCAAAUUUAUUUAAAUGACGCACAUUUUCGAAUUAGUUUAUCUAGUCGUAGCAGUUAGUUUAAUUUCCAAUUUCGGCUGUAUUAACGCCGCCAGGAACAACAAAUAUGUUACAUGUGGAUCUGUUCUCAAAUUGCUCAACAAUGACUACCGAGUUCGGUUGCACUCUCAUGACGUUAAGUACGGCACGGGAUCCGGGCAGCAGUCGGUUACGGCAACCGAGGUGCAGGAGGAUGUUAACAGUCAUUGGGCAGUUAAGGCCGCCACUGGAAAGCACUGCGAAAGAGGAGAACCGAUAAAAUGCGGUGACACCGUCCGUUUCCAUCACCUUUCAACGAAUAAGAAUCUACACUCGCAUCAUUUCCAAAGUCCGCUUUCUGGUAACCAGGAGAUAUCCGCGUAUGGAGAUGAACAAGGUUCUGGUGACACUGGUGACCACUGGAUGGUAGUGUGCUCUGGAGAUUCGUGGCAGCGCAGUUUGCCAGUUAAGCUGCGCCACGUGGAUACUGAUGCAUACCUGUCCGUGUCGGGACGAACCUUUGGUAGGCCUAUCAACGGUCAGAUGGAAGUGGUUGGCGUCUCGAAUCCUUACUCCGGCACUGACUGGACGGCUGCGGAGGGGCUCUUCAUUCAUCAAUCGGAAGCGGACAGUGUACCGAGACAUACGGAACUGUAGGUGAAAGCCUCGAGGCUCGGGUGUGAUAAGCGUGCUUGAACUUGCAGGCGAUGAUUUUCCUGUAUUGUAAAUCUAACUCUAUGAAACCAAACAACGGUAGAAUCGACAGUUGAUAAUGCUACGAUGCUAAUAGCGCAAUUGUCUGCGUAUGAUAUGCAUUUCAAAGAAACGGUGUGAAUUAAAUUGCACUUCUCGUACUCAAAA